CCUACUUCUGCUUCUUCACACUUUUUCCACGCGAAAAGCCCGGCAUUUUUACCAUAUUUACUUGUUUUCACUCCAGAACCGUUUAAUAAUAAAACAAACACUAUGUCUGCUGGUAUGCCAAUCAACCCCAAACCAUUUCUCAAUGGUCUUACUGGGAAACCCGUGCUGGUGAAACUCAAAUGGGGACAGGAAUACAAAGGCUUCUUGGUCUCCGUGGACGGCUACAUGAACAUGCAAUUGGCCAACACAGAGGAAGUCAUCGAGGGUUCUGUCACCGGCAAUCUGGGAGAGGUGCUGAUACGCUGCAACAAUGUGCUCUACAUAAAGGGCAUGGAGGAUGACGACGAGGAGGGUGAAAUGCGCGACUAGGACGCUGCAGGCGUCGA